GCCGCGGUUCGAACCCGAUAACCAGCAAGUAGGCGCGAAAACCCGAACGAAAAUCAAUCAGGGAGAUCGAGGCUGUGAACUUGUGAGAUAUUCGGAGCAACAAUGGCGCUUCACAGAGCUUUCCGGACGAUCCAUACCACCGUGGAGGCUCCGCGACUUACCAGUUUUGCUCUUCGCGCCCCCAAAUUUGUAGAGGUUAAAUUUGCAGAUGGAAGUCUGUUCAAUUUGUCAGCUGAAUUCUUGAGAAUAUAUAGCCCAGCUGUUGAUGCUAAGGUCAGAUCAAUUGGGGGUGAAAAGGUGAUUUCUGGGCGGCGUCACGUGGGUAUCAUGUCUGCAGAACCAGUUGGGAACUAUGGGGUAAGGAUACUUUUUGAUGACUUGCAUAAGACUGGGAUUUAUUCAUGGGAUUAUUUCUACCAUCUCGGGAGCAACAAAUUUACACUCUUGAGAAAUUAUGUUAGAACACUACAGAAGCAUGGGCUGAGUCGAGAUCCACCUAGGAGAAAAUGAUGGAUGAGUCAACUGUUCCCGUCUUUUGAGUAUCUUUUGUUUCCCAAUCGUGAGUGUUCGGGUCAAUUUAUCUGCCUUUCAGCUAAUCAACUAUGAGAAUCUUGUGCAAUGAUCAGAGGGAGUUCACUAUUUAGCAAGGAGAUAAAGAAGAUAGGCUGCCUCAAACUGGCUGAUGAGAAAAGAUUCAACUACUGUACAAAUUUAAAUCUUACCUAUAUGCAUUUGGGAUCCUUGACUUACUAUUGAGUCAAGAACCUUAGCAUGAAACUAGAUGCUGAUUAUUGCUUUAGCUCCUUAAACUCUUGAGGUCUGGAGAGUCGGUCUUAGGACCAGCAUGAACUUGUAAAGAAAAAAAUAACUAUUUUAUAUUUUGAUGAGAUAUUAAAAUAUAUUUUGAUGGUUGUCUA